AAAAAAAUGGUUGGAUUUCUCGACCAAUCUCUCUCUGUCUUAUCUUGAUCCUCUCUCCUCUCAGCCUUUUGUCUCUCUCGGUUUCACUUUCACCGUACGGACGCCAUCGCCAACAAGCCCUCCUCUCGUAUAAGCUCUCUCCCCUUCUGAACCAAUCUGGGAUCCGAAUUUCUGGUGGGAUGAAAGGUUUCAGAGACUGGGUUUUCACUCUAUCCAACUCAAUGGCGUCGACAAGACCACUUUCAGGCAGUGACCAUUUUCUCCGAGGGGAACUCCAAUCCGAAGAGCGUAAUGGCCAAUCUCAAGCCUCUAGUUUGCCGGAACCCGUGAUCCGCUCUGACACGCCAUGUUCAACCAGUGGCGAUAUCGAAAAUCUGCCCGGUGUCUCUCAGUCCUCGUUCGAUCUUAGGGAAAAGAAAAACAACCCGCUAGCUAAGAUCGGAGAUCUCCAAAUAAAGUUCCUUCGCCUCGUGCAGAGAUUUGGGCAGUCGCAGAAUAAUAAUCUUCUAAUCUCCAAGGUUUUAUAUCGGAUACACCUCGCAAUGCUGAUACGAGCUGAGGAAUCGGAACUGAAGAUGGUGAAACUUAGCCACGAUAGGGCCAGAGCCAUUGCGAGGGAGCAUGAAGCCACCGGAAUACCAGAAUUGGAUUUCUCGUUACGAAUCCUCGUCCUCGGGAAAACGGGUGUCGGAAAGAGUGCCACCAUAAACUCGAUACUCGGUCAGUCCAAAAGCGAGACUAAUGCUUUCCGACCCGCCACAGAUCACAUACACGAGGUUUCAGGAACGGUCAGUGGAGUUAACAUAACCUUCAUCGACACGCCUGGUUUCCAUUCUUCGUCGUCCUCUUGCACGAGAAGAAACCGGAAGAUUCUGCUAUCUAUCAAAAGGUACACGAAGAAGCGUCCGCCUGAUGUAGUUCUCUAUCUCGACCGGCUUGACACGAUCAACAUGCAGUACAGUGACUUCCCCCUUCUGAAGCUCGUAACCGAAGUCUUCCGUCCCGCCAUUUGGUUUAACACGAUUCUCGUGUUUACGCAUUCUUCAACUGCUUCUGAAGGGCUUAAUGGACAGUCUCUCAACUUCGAGUCAUUUGUCUCGCAGCGUGCAAACAUGGUCCAGCACUAUAUUCAUCAGACUGUGUCGGAUACAAAACUGGAAAAUCCCGUGAUUUUAGUCGAAAACCAUCCGAGGUGUAAGAAGAAUCCAGCAGGUGAAUUCGUUCUCCCGAAUGGGCAGGUAUGGAAGCCUCAGUUCCUGUUUUUGUGCGUCUGUAGCAAAGUUCUCGGCGACGUGCAAUCUCUGUUGAGAUUUCGGGACACUGUCGGGGUAGGACAGCCGAGUAAUACCCGUGUGGCGUCUCUGCCUCACCUUCUUUCGUCUUUCCUACGCCGACAUUUGUUGUCAAGCCCAGAUGAAGCGGAGACAGAAAUAUACGAGCUUUUGCUUUCGGAUUUGGAUGAAGAAGAUGAGUAUGAUCAGUUACCUUCAAUCCGAAUCCUGGGGAAAUCUCAGUUCGAGAAGUUGUCGGAAUCCCAGAAAAAGGAGUAUCUUGAUGAGCUUGAUUACAGGGAAACCCUUUAUUUGAAGAAACAGGUGAAGGAAGAAUGCCGAAGGAAACGGCAGGAGAAGAAGCGUGUCCAAGAGGAGGAGAGUUUCGAUAAGGACAACGAUCCCGACAACCAAGCAGUUGUUCCAUUGCCAGACAUGGCCGGACCCGACAGUUUCGAUUCAGAUUUUCCGACCCAUAGAUACCGAUGUGUUGCUACGAGCGACCAAUGGCUCGUAAGGCCAGUCUAUGAUCCACAAGGAUGGGACCACGACGUAGGUUUCGAUGGAUUAAAUGUCGAGACAGUUGCGAAACCGAGAAAGGAUCUCUUUGCUUCGGUUACAGGACAGAUGAGCAAAGACAAGCAACGGUUCACUGUCCAAUCCGAAGGGAAUGCAGCUUACACAAACCCUAGAGAACUGGCAUACUCUGUAGCCGUCGAUCUUCAGACGUCGGGAGAAGAACUGAUGUACUCGGUUCAAGGGGGCACGAAAGUGAAGAGCUUUGAGCACAACACGACGGAUUUAGGGCUCGGGCUAACGUUUUUCGGGGGGAAAUGCUUGGUGGGUGGCAAGCUAGAGGACACUUUAUUGCUUGGGAAGAGGAUGAAAUUAACGGUGAAUGCAGGUCAGAUGACGGGUGCAGGGCAAAAAGCUUGCGGUGGAUCGCUCGAAGCCACCAUUAGAGGACGGGAUUUUCCGGUAAGGGACGAUCACAUCGGGUUAACGAUGACGGCUCUCUCUUACAACAAAGAGGUUGUCCUCAACGGGGGCUUACAGUCUCGGUUCAGACCAACUCGGGACACAAAGGUAGACAUAAACGUAAGUAUGAACAGCCGGAAAAUGGGACAGGUAUGUCUGAAACUGAGCAGCUCCAAGCAUUGGGAGAUGGCGGCAUUGCUCUCCGCCCUUUCGAUCUUCAGAACUUUCUCGAGGAAGAAGACGAUCGACGAUACGAACAAGGGAAGAUUAGAGGAAGAGUUCUGACUUGGUUUUUCGGGUUUAUAGCGUCUUUUUUCCUCACUCUUCCUCUGUUUUCACCAUUGCAGCCACUCCUCCAUUGUACGGUUCUGUUUUCAGCAGCAGAAUAGACGACAGAUAUAAUUGUUUCCAGAAGAAAUACAGAGACUGUGUUUUUUUUUUGGA